AUGGCCUCACACGAUGAGGUACCGGGCGAUGUCAUCCUCAUCGACUCGAGCGAAGAGGAAGACUUCGUCAAGGGCCGGAAGCGAGCGCGCGCAAGUGCUCACCAGAGCCCUGCUCGGAGCGAGUCAUCGUCGUUGAGCAGUGCGCCUUCGUCCAAGAGGUUGCGCCUGAGCAGUCCCGUGCGCGGCGACAGCUCAGGGUCCGAGGAGGGAGAGAUUGGUGAAUCUCACAGCGCGCAGAGGAGGAGUCCUGGCGAAGUCUCAGAGACGUCGCGGCUACAAGCUGGAGGUCAGCAGCUGCAGGCGCCUGUGGUGCCCCAGGCAGCGCCAGCUGGAGCAUUCACUGCGAGCGCAACUGCCCGCCAGCCGGGAGGCCCAGAGACCGCGGGCUCUGUUCAGGCCCAAGCCGCACCUGCACAAAACGCAGACGCUGCUCAGCCGGCCGUGCCAGACGACGUCUCCGAGGCAACAUCAGACCUCCCCUCCGGCGUCUUCAUGCCCGACGACGCGCACUACUGGAUCCUCGAUUCUCGCUCCUUCAAACUCCCCGCCUUGCCCAAGACGCGCGCCGGCUCGUGGCCCUCCCGCCUCAAAGACUGGGCACACGUCUUCGUCGAGCACAACAUCGAUCAGGCCGACUCGCUCACGUCGCAGCUCAUCGUCGCCGCGUACGCAUACUACCUGGACAAUCACAGCGGCCUCAAGUUGGCCAAGCGGAAGGCGGCGAAACAGGCAGCCAAGCAGGCAGAGGAGUCGGGCGCCCUCGCAAAGCAGCUGGAGAUGACGCGAACCACCGCGAAAGCCAAACGUCGGAGACUCGCCGCCUCGAAAGCCCCCGCCGAGGCGUCUUUUCCCCAGCACUCGACGCCGUCAGCUGGGAGCAACGCAGAGGCACAGCCGCCUCAGCAGUCGCAACAGGCCAACGGCGAUGUCACAAAGCCGGCUGCGGCAUCUUUGCCCGUGGCUCCUGUGCUCACGAGCGCGGAGGAGCUCGCACUGCAGCGCAGGUACUUUCCUUCUGCCGACGACCCGAGCAACGUGUGCUUGACCUGUGCCUGCGAGGGCCACACGUCAGCCAACUGCCCCAACACGCACUGCAAGUUUUGCCUGGACACGGGUCACUGGGAUGGUGCGUGUCCCACAAGGGAACGCUGUGGAAAGUGUCGCCAGCUUGGCCACCGGGGGGACAACUGCACCGCCAAGGUCAAGGUCACCGAGGACGACGGUCUCGUGUGUGCGUACUGCUCUGCGACCGACCACCUCGAGAAUCACUGCCUGACCUUGUGGCGGACGUUCCGGGGAGGCCCCGAGGUCACCAAGAAGGUUGCCAGUGUCCCCGUCUCCUGUGCUAUUUGCGGUGGAAAGGAGCACUAUCUUUCCGAUUGCUCUUCGCGUCAAUACCCGGCGAACCCUUCUUACUCGCUGGCGACGCGCGAAAAGUAUACGGACCGAGAGAGCAACACCCUUUCCAUUGAGGACGCCGCUGCGGCAGACAGGCGCGCAAAUGGAACGGCCACGCAAGGCCCAGACCUCAGGAUCCGCGGACACAGCGGCCGGAGCACAAUUAUUCACUACGCAGAGAGCGACGACAGUGAUACAGAGUUUCUUGGUAAUAGGUUGGUCAAGAAGCCCACCGGAGUCGGCCAGAUGCGCAUGUCGAGCAACAUCAGGAUGCCCGGCGGCGGCGCGAAUGGCGGCUCUAACGGCGGAAACAGAAACCAACGGGGCCAACCUGGACCCCCAGGAGCACCUUCUGGUCCGCAAUCCUCCAACUCGCAGUCCCGGCAGCCAGGCUCAUCGCUGCCCCCCAGGCCGCCCGCGCCAAGCAGAGGCGGCGCGCCGGCUCGUGGCGGUUCGUCACGCGGGGGCUACCACAACAUGCCCCCUCCGCCAGGUCUGUCCGGAUCGCGGUCACAGGGUGAGAACCGUGGCGGCCGCGGAGGGCGAGGCGGACGCGCUGGUGGUGGCGGUGGCAAAGGCCGUGGAAGGGGACGGGGUCGCGCCAAGUGA